CGACCGUCGCAGGUAAUUAUAAUUGGUCAGGAACGAAAGAGCCAAAGAGGGAACAAAACGCCCAGAGCAAAGCUUCCUAAGCCAUGAAUUAGGGUUUCCUUUUCUGCCCGCGAUGGAUAAUGCUUAAUCUGUAGGUCUGGAUUAUCUAUCUACCUCUCCUCUUCUUCUCUGCCACUUUCCUUGUUUGUAAUACUAGAUUAUUGAUGGUUCUUCUUCGCUCUAUGAAUCCAUACGAUCCCAGCUCCGACGACAACGAAUCGAACUGGUUGCUUUCCUUAAACGAUCGGUUUCUAACUUAGGGGCUUCGUUGGAAUCAAGGUUUUCAAUCGAGGGUGGUAAAAUCUCUUCAUUUGUAAUUUGGGUUUGUCGUGAUUCUUUCGUUUUUUCUGGUGUUUCGAGGGGAAUGUGAUCAUAUCUGGAUAGGGUUAGGGUUCUCGUUUGUUCUUGUUUUCGGGAGAAAUUUGGGGAUUUGAUUCGGUUUGAAGAACGGAUUUUUCUUUAAACUCUAGGGUUCCUUUGAUUCUUAUAAUUUUGGGGAAAUAUAGGUGUCGGUUAAAGGAUAAUGUGUAUACUCUGCGUCAUACAGAAGUGGUCUCGGCGGGUCGCCACCAUGCUACCGUGGUUAGUGAUUCCACUUAUCGGUCUAUGGGCUCUGUCGCAGCUAUUGCCGCCGGGUUUCAGGUUUGAGGUCACCUCUCCUCGUCUGGCUUGUGUUUUGGUUCUUCUGGUUACCCUCUUCUGGUAUGAGAUUUUGAUGCCUCAGCUAUCAGCGUGGCGGGUGCGGAGGAGUGCCCGUCUUAAAGAGAGGAAGAGGUUUGCAGCGAUAGAGAUGCAGAAGCUUCGGAAGACGGCCACCCGACGAUGCCGUAACUGCUUGAAUCCUUACCGGGAUCAGAACCCUGGUGGUGGAAAGUUUAUGUGUUCUUACUGUGGUCACAUCUCUAAAAGACCGGUUCUUGACUUGCCUGGGCCGGGGCUUACUAACUCUGGUAUUAUAGGAGAUUUAGUUGGCAAGGGUGGGAAGAUGUGGAACGGAAAGGUUUGGUCGGAAAAUGGUUGGAAUUGUGGUCAAGAUUGGUUAGAGAAUGGCAACUGGGUUGGUGGGUCUUUUGCAGGGAAGGUAAAUAAUUGGGGGAAGAAGGGAGGUGGGUUUUUCAGUGGUGAUGAUCAAUGUGUGGCAGAGAAAUCUUCUUCUGGUGUUGUUUUCACCUGCAAGCUGUUGGCCUCCUCCUUUUUGAGCAUAAGGUGGCUUUGGAGAAAGAUUUUUAGGGUCAGCACUGCGAUGGAAGAUGCUUCGCUGGAUGCAGAGCAUAAUGGGAUGUUACCUAAGAAAGCAGAAAAUGAGGGAAAUUUUCAUCAGAGCAGGGGAGAGAAGGCCCGCAGGAAAGCUGAAGAGAAGAGACAGGCUAGGUUAGAGAAGGAGCUUUCAGAGGAGGAGGAGAGAAAACAGAGAGAAGAGGUUGCAAGGUUAGUGGAGGAACGUAGGAGACAGAGAGAUGAGAAGAUGGAGGCAGAAAAAGAGCGGGGAAAAGGAUCAGCUCUGGACAGGGAAAAAGAUUGUAAGAGAGAAGCUGAAAAGAAGCGCCGGGAGAGAAGGAAAGAUAAAGACAAAGGGUCUAGUAAAAGUAAUUCUGAUGUAGAGGAGUUGGAAAAAAGGUCGGGGAAGGAAAUUGAAAAGAAGCGAGAAUUGGACAAGAGGACUGAGAUUGAAAGACGAGAAGCUCAAAAAAGUUCUUCUGAAAGCAUCAGGACUCAAAAUUUGGAAACUGGGCAUGCUGUAAAGGUUACCAAUAUGAACAAUUUUAGCAAAGUAGGUGCAGGAGGUAGAUACCUGGAUCGUAUGAAGGGUUCAUUUCUUUCUUCUAAAGGCUUUAAUGGAUCCAGUUUCUUUGGAAAGGGUGGUUAUGCUGCUGCAACUGUUGUUUCAAAAACUAACAGAUAUAAUGGGUCGAUUGAUCAUGUCCAAGCCACCGGUAAUCGAAGAGAGGUACGCUUGAAUGAACAUGCUGCUGGGAAAAUAAAUUUGAGUGGAGAUGACAAGGUCACUGGUGUCAGUUUCCCACGUCCUGUGGUUUCGGAGCCACAGCCAUGGGCAACCCCAAAAAAAUCAUGGCAGCAACUAUUUACUCGCUCAUCAACAGUUCCUCCGUCGUCCAUUGUGAAUACAAUAAGCAGACCAAGUCAGAAGCCCCAAGCAGAUGCUCAAAGUUCACAGUUACCUGGGCAAGCAUCACCGACACAUCCUUUGGAUAACCCAAUCCAUUUUGGACUAUCAUUGCCUUUCAAUGUUUCCCCCUAUCCAAGUGGUUCCCCCUAUCCAAGUGGUUCAAUAAGUAGUGGUUCUGUUUCUUCGGCAACUGAACCCAUGUUUCCUCCUGUUGAACCAGCACAUGAAUUUGUGUCAGAAGAGCCAGAACUUUUUGAAGACCCAUGUUAUGUCCCUGAUCCGGUUUCCUUACUUGGGCCUGUUUCUGAGUCUCUUGACAACUUCCCGUUGGACCUAGGGAGUGGGUUUGUUGCAGAUUCUGGAUUUGAAAGGCCUCGGUCUUUGCAGAAUGCUUCUCUUGCUGGCGAAAUUAACAGGCCAUCUCCGAUUGAGUCACCUAUUUCACGUGUACGGGUUGCUGAAGAAAGGCAAAGCUCCGCAAACCAGUUCACAUGUACUCCAAGGGCACACGAUCUGAAUACUUCAUCUACGGAUGUGUCAAAUAAUAGACAUGAACAUGGGACAUGGCAGAUGUGGGGCACAACUCCGCUUGGUCAGGAUGGUCUUGGUUUGGUAGGUGGGCCAGCCAGCUGGCUUUUACCCUUGGGUCAGAACAUGUCAAACCAUGAAGAGGUUAUGCUUCCUUCGCCCUGCAAGGCAAUGGCAUCACCAUUUGGAAAGGAUAAUAAUGUCCUUCCUGGCAGUUGCUCUCCACAGCAAAUUCAUCUUGGUAGUUGUCAGAAUGGUGGGACAUUUAAAGCUUUAGGUCCUGGUUCGAAUGAUAAUGGCGUGUGGUUACCAAAGACUGUCUUCCAGCCAUUGCCAGGUGACGGUGAAAAUCAUUUCCCUCCACUAAAACCUAGCGAUGAUAUUUCUCGAAAUGAGAUGGCAUAUGUUAGUCCAAGCAGAUUGGGAACCAACCAUCCUUUUGAACAGUCUCCAGCCAAUCAUUGGUCCAAUAGGGAUUGGGAUGUGCAUGGUUCAAGGGAAAGCAUUGGAAACUCAACCCCGGCAAGGCCUCAGAUUGGGGGCCUGUUUUCCAGCCCAGAUGUACAGUCACUUUGGUCAUUUAAUUGAAAAAGGGGAGGGAAAAAAAACUGAAAAAAAAAAAGAAAAAAAAAAAAAAAGGAAAAGGAGAGGACAUAAACACUUUCCCCUCCCCCAUCUGUUCAGAAAGGCAAGCAGCCUCUUUUGCGGAGAUUUCAGAAAUUGGUUGCUUUGUAUCUUUUUUUUUUAUUAAAUGAAAAUGAUGGUCGAAUACAUUAGCAUGAAUAGAAACAUGAGAGAUGGAAUGCAUGCAUUCAUGCAUCCUCAGUUGUAGGUCACCUUCUCUGAUGAUUGUGAACAUUUUUCUUUUGCUAUCAAUCGAACUUGCAGAAGCUGUUAGGUGACA